UUUCAGAACAUCACAUUUACUGUAACAGUAUCAAGCCGCUCAGAUUUAAAGCAGUUAGUUGUGUGAUUUCAGUCUUCCUGACUUGUUGGGCAUUGGACAUUUGCUGUCACUUGGACUCUUCCAUUAAACUGAUGGCACUGUUACAGCUGUCCCUCAGCACCCUUCUUCUCCUUCAGAUUUUAUUGCAACUGUUGGAUGGAGCUGAACCGCAGAACAUGAACUGUCCUGCUUAUGGUGGAGUUCCAGGAACUCCUGGACACAAUGGUCUGCCUGGUAGAGAUGGAAGAGAUGGUAAAGACGGGGAGUAUGGACCCAAAGGAGAGAAGGGAGACCCAGGAGUGAGUGUGGAGGGACCAUCAGGUAAAGCAGGACCGCAUGGCCCACCUGGAGCCAAAGGAGAGAGGGGUGGCACAGGUCCUCCAGGGUCAUCUGGAAUUGAAAGUGUGAUUGAAUCCCUAAAUUCUGAGAUGCAGCGUCUAAAUGCCAAGAUUGCUGUGAUUGAGAAAGCUGCAAGUUUCAGCUACUUCAGAAAAGUUGGACAGAAGUACUACUUUGCUGACGGAAUUGUGGCAACUUUUCAGAAUGGGUUAAAACUCUGCAAGGAUGUUGGUGGAACAAUUGUUCUGCCAAGAGAUGAAGUAGAAAAUCAAGCUUUAUUGAAAGUAUUAGUAGCCAGUGGUAUAAGUGCUAAAAAACCAUUUAUUGGAAUCACAGACAGAGAAAUUGAGGGACAGUUUGUGGACACUGCAGGGAAGCUCUUGACUUAUACUGUCUGGCGCACUGGUCAGCCUGAUAAUUAUAAGGGAAUACAACAUUGUGGUGUCAUAGAUCAUUCUGGCUUUUGGGACGAUGGAAAUUGUGAUGAUUUACGUCCUAUUAUAUGUGAAACAUAUAUGUGAAGCAAAUAGAAUGUAUACAUUUAAGGGAUGUAUGUCAUUUUAAUGACCUCUGACAACCUUAUUUGUCAAAUAAGGUUGUCUGAGGUGAUACAUCUUUUAAAAAUCUAGUUUAAAACAUGUUAAGUUUGUAGAAAUGUAAUCUUUGAGUAGAAUUUGGUUUAAUAAAGUUUUGAAAAACAUACUGUAGCAUUUCCUACAAAAAAAAUAAAUAAAUGUAAUGUGGUGUAACCAUCAAGUAA